AAACGAAAUAUCUACUUAAGGGGGAAUUCCAGUUCGAAAAGGAAUUCCUAACGCACUCGAAAUUGACUUGGCUUUGCCAAAAAACCUCAUCUAUGUAAUCCUGAUUCGCGAGCGUUCCUCCGCCUGUAACAGGAUUGCUAGUUGGCCCCUUUUAGCAAUAUCCCUUCAAGCAUGAGUAGUAGGACCUAGUCCGAGGGAUUCCGAUGGAAGCUGCAACUGUCAAACCAGAUUCUUCAACAAAGACUUAAUGAAAGUACUCAACUAGAGAGGCCUGUCAAUCAGAGCCUAGCCUUGAUUUUUUUUUUUUUUUUUUAAUUAUUAAUUGUACAAGUUAAAUCUUAGUAAUAAGAGGUUACAAUUUCAAACCUUGAUCGCUUAUAAUUUUUUGACCAUAAUACGCCACAUGUAUACCUUUUGCUUAUGUAGCUGCUUAUGUCAAAGCACUAAAGGUUUAAGGUUCACAUGUCAUGUCACAGAAUUCAUCAAUAAUUUAACCGUCACAAGUCACCCUUAGCAGACAACCUUCAUUAUACCCUCAAAAUAUACAAACUAAUCAACCUGUCAUGCAAAAAUCAGCCAUGGCUUUGAGAAACAACCAAAAUCUACAUUUUGUGAUGCUUCCAUUAAUGGCACCAGGCCACAUGAUCCCAAUGAUAGACAUGGCUAAGCUGAUAGCAAAACAUGGUAUAACAAUUACCAUUAUCACAACCCCAGUGAAUGCCACCCGUUUCAAAUCAACUAUAGACCGUGCUACCAAACAGGGCCUUAAUAUAAGAGUAUCUCAGCUUAAAUUCCCUUGGCAAGAGUCUGGAUUACCUGAAGGAUGUGAAAAUGUAGACUUACUUCCUUCACUAAGUUAUGCAAUACAAUUCAUUGAAGCUGCUACAAAGCUACAAGAACCUGUGGAAAAUUUGCUGUCAGAGUUACAACCCAAGCCAAGUUGCUUAAUCUCUGACUUGGGAUUCACUUGGACUACUGAAGUUGCUAGGAAAUUCAACAUUCCAAGGAUAGUUUUUCAUGGAACUUGUUGUUUUUCUCUCCUAAGUUUGCACAAUCUCAUCACCCAAAGCGUGGUUGGAGCUGUAAACUCGGACACUGAAUCGUUUGUGGUGCCGGGUUUGCCUGAUAGAAUUGAGCUCACAAGAACUCAGGUGCCUAAUGCAGUACACCAAGCAGGCAAAUCAUUGAGAGUGGAAAUGAGAGAAGCGGAGAGAAACGCGUUUGGUGUGGUAGUGAAUUCUUUCGAUGAGCUCGAAUCAGAGUAUUUGAAGAGGUAUAAGGAGGCAAAAGGGAAGGAUACAGUAUGGUGUGUUGGCCCUGUUUCACUCUGCAAUCAGGAUGAAUUGGAUAAAGGAGAAAGAGGCAACAAAGCUGCACUUACUGUUAACCAAUGCAUAAAAUGGCUUGAUUUACAUGAGCCUAAAUCAGUAAUUUAUGCUUGUCUUGGAAGUCUAUGUAACGUUGUGCCAUCACUUUUUAUGGAGCUUGCUCUAGGGUUGGAAGCAUCGAAGAAGCCUUUUGUUUUAGCUUUGAGAGAGGAGCAAAACUUAGAAGAGGUGGAAAGGUUGAUAGAAGAAGAUGGUAUCAGGAAAAGGAUUAAAGACAGAGGUUUACUUAUACUGGGUUGGGCACCACAGGUGCUUAUACUGUCUCAUUCAUCAGUCGGUGGAUUCUUGACGCAUUGUGGUUGGAAUUCUACUCUUGAAGGGAUAUCUAAUGGUUUGCCUCUGGUUACAUGCCCUCUGUUUUCAGAGCAAUUUUUAAAUGAAAAAUUUGUGGUGCAAGUAUUGAGGAUUGGUAUCAGUGUCAGAGUUGAAAACCCAACGAUGAAACCAGGUGAAGAGAUAAGAGGGAUUGUUUUAAAGAAAGAGCAUGUCAAAUGUGCGGUUAACUUGGUGAUGGAUGACGGAAAAGGAGGAAAAGAGAUGAGAGAAAGAGCUGAGUCGCUAGCAGAAAGGGCAAAAGAAGCAGUCGAAGAGGGCGGAUCUUCUGACAGAAGUUUAAAGGCCAUGAUUCAAGAAGUCAUCCAACAGAUAGAGAAAGGAAGAGCAGAAGUUAGUUGAGGAUCACAAUACGUCGAAGUUGUGUUGAUUUAGAGUUCUACUGUUUGUCCUGUAUAUCAACCUGUUUAAUUUUGUUUGAUUCCUAUAUCUCAACCUGUUUAAUUUUGUUUGAUACCUAUAUGUCAAAUGUUACAUGCACGACUCUUAUAUAUUCUUAA